UUUUAAACAUUGUUCAUUCAUGUUAACGAGAUUACGUUUUGCAUCGUAGUUCGUAGUUUACAGUGAUUUUUACGUAAAAAUCAUGAUUAAUAAUUAACAAUUAUUGUUAAAAUGGAUAAAUUUUCCGAUGUUUGUAAGCUAGAACCUAGCAGUAACAGCGUUGGGGGUUUAGUAAUCAAGAAAAAAGAUAAAGAUUCUGAUGUGUUCAAGAAACCGAAACCCUCCCUGUUGGGGUUGGACAAAUUGGCAGCAGCUCAGCGGGCCAAGAAACAGCAGGAAGCUGCCAGGCUUUCGUUCAAGGAUUCCGACGGUAAUGAUAUGGAUGACGAAAGGGACGACGGUGGCAAGGGUGGGCAACGGUUCGAUAAGCCCUCGACGUCGAAAAAGUAUCGAGAGACGGCUGAUGAAACUCCCACGUACACGGGCGGUGUGAGCGAAGUGGCGCGCAAGAAACAGAAAGAACGGUCCCGGGAGCAGGACUACCACUACCACGGUAAAGGUCUGUACGCCUCCAGUAAAUCGAAGAAAAAUGACCGAGACCGAGACGAUCGGGAUGAGGACGACCGGAAGCGGCACCGCUAUUCGUCCAGUAGCUCUCGCAGCCAUAGGGGAGAAUCCUCUCAUCGGCAUUCGGGUCACUACAAAGAUGAGCCAAGAACUCCAAGAAGUGAUCGGCGAAUGGAUUUGUACGGAUGGGAGGACGAGGAUGAAAGACCAAGUACCAGCUCAUCGAGAAAAUCUACGUGGGAUUAUCCAACACCGAAGCUGCCUAAGGGUUCCGAAUCUGUGCGAAGCAAUCGUUCGUCGUGGUCUUCAAAACGCCCGAAUCGUGAGGACGAAACUCCUCGACCAACACCAGCUCAUAAGUAUAACAAGUGGGCUCCAGAUAGGAAAGAAUCUGGGGCAACUCCCCGAACUGAGAAGCGAGGAAUUCCCUGGGAGACGGAAGAAGAUAAGGAUUUGUGGGAGCAGGAACAGGUACGGUUGGAUCGCGAGUGGUACAGUAUCGGGGAAGGUUACGACGAAGACAAUAAUCCUUUCUCGGGUACCAGCUCGGAGUAUUUACAAAAAAGAGAGGAACAGCUUGAACAGCGAAGAAUUAAACGCAUGUCUGCCCAGCAACGGCAAAUAAACAAAGACAAUGAACUAUGGGAGAAAAACCGAAUGUUGACGUCUGGAGUCGUUAUGUCUAUCAAUUUCAACGAGGACUUUGAUGAGGAAGCUGUAGAACGUGUGCAUUUGCUUGUGCAUCAUACGGUUCCUCCGUUUCUGGAUGGCAGAAUUGUAUUUACUAAGCAACCGGAACCGGUUAUCCCUGUCAAGGAUGCAACAUCGGAUAUGGCGAUAACAGCUCGAAAAGGAAGUGUGCUGGUGAGAACAUAUCGGGAGCAGAAAGAACGAAGAAAGGCACAGAAGAAACAUUGGGAAUUGGGCGGAACCAAACUCGGUAAUAUUAUGGGCGUAGAGAAGAAGCAAGAUGACGAAGAUGCAAAGUUUGAUGCAGAUUCAGAUACAACAGACUAUCGCAAAGAUCAGAAAUUCGCGGAUCAUAUGCAAGAUCAAGACGACGGAUCUGAGUUCACGAAAAAACGACCCAUAUACGAGCAACGUCGCUCAUUGCCGGUUUUUGCGGUUCGUCAGGAUUUACUGAACAUCAUCCGUGAAAACUCCGUGGUUAUUAUCGUUGGUGAGACGGGUAGUGGCAAGACAACUCAGCUGACUCAGUAUCUGCAUGAAGAUGGUUACAGCCGUUUGGGAAUGAUCGGUUGCACACAGCCUCGUCGAGUGGCCGCGAUGUCAGUUGCCAAACGCGUGUCGGAUGAAAUGAAUACGAAACUUGGACAGGAAGUGGGUUAUGCCAUUCGGUUUGAAGAUUGUACAACGGAAAAAACCGUCAUCAAGUACAUGACCGACGGUAUUUUGUUGCGAGAAAGUCUUCGCGAUAGUGACUUAGACGGAUAUUCCGCAGUAAUUAUGGAUGAAGCUCACGAGCGAUCUCUUUCAACUGAUGUACUUUUCGGUCUAUUGCGAGAUAUUGUUGCUAGGAGGAGGGAUCUUAAACUUAUUGUCACCUCUGCUACUAUGGAUGCUUCCAAAUUCUCGACAUUUUUCGGAAACGUUCCAACGUUCACGAUCCCUGGAAGAACUUAUCCGGUAGACGUUUUCUUCAGCAAGAAUGUUUGCGAAGAUUACGUUGAUUCUGCCGUGAAGCAAGCACUUCAAAUACACUUGCAGCAGCUGGACGGAGACAUGCUUAUUUUUAUGCCUGGUCAAGAAGACAUUGAGGUCACUUGUGAAGUUCUGAGUGAGCGGCUAUCGGAAAUAGACAAUGCACCGCAACUAUCCAUUCUCCCAAUUUACUCUCAACUACCGUCCGAUUUGCAAGCGAAAAUCUUCUUGAGAUCUCCCGAUGGUCUUCGCAAAUGCAUUGUAGCUACCAAUAUUGCGGAAACUUCUUUAACUGUGGACGGAAUCAUAUUCGUUAUCGAUUCGGGAUAUUGUAAGCUGAAAGUCUACAAUCCUCGUAUCGGUAUGGACGCCCUCCAAAUCUACCCCAUCUCGCAGGCAAACGCUAAUCAACGAUCGGGUCGUGCCGGAAGAACGGGACCGGGGCAAGCGUUCCGCCUCUACACCGAACGACAGUACAAGGACGAACUGUUGGCUUUGACCGUUCCGGAGAUUCAGCGUACAAACUUGGCCAACACGGUGCUGUUAUUGAAAUCGUUGGGCGUGGUCGAUCUGCUUCAGUUCCAUUUCAUGGAUCCACCGCCCCAGGAUAACAUCCUCAAUUCGCUCUACCAGCUUUGGAUUCUGGGUGCGCUUGAUCAUACCGGAGGUCUCACUUCGCUGGGCCGUCAGAUGGCCGAGUUUCCACUGGAUCCACCGCAGUGUCAGAUGUUGAUUGUGGCCAACCAGAUGGGUUGCAGCGCAGAGAUUCUGAUAAUAGUAUCCAUGCUUUCGGUUCCUUCGAUAUUCUACCGUCCUAAAGGCCGUGAAGAAGAGGCUGACAAUGUUCGCGAAAAAUUCCAGGUACCGGAGUCCGAUCAUCUAACAUAUCUCAACGUCUACCAGCAGUGGAAAAUGAACAAAUACUCUUCAAACUGGUGUAACGAGCACUUUAUCCACAUCAAAGCGAUGCGUAAGGUAAGGGAGGUGCGCCAACAGCUGAAGGACAUCUACGAGCAGCAGCGUUUGAAGGUGCAAUCCUGUGGCACCGAUUGGGAUAUUGUUCGAAAGUGUAUCUGUUCGGCGUACUUCUACCAGGCCGCCCGGCUCAAGGGAAUCGGUGAGUAUGUAAACCUUCGGACCGGUAUGCCGUGCUAUCUGCAUCCCACAUCGGCCCUGUACGGUCUCGGAACGACCCCGGACUAUGUCGUUUACCACGAGCUGGUUAUGACGGCCAAGGAGUACAUGCAGUGUGCCACGGCCGUCGACGGUUUUUGGCUGGCCGAGCUGGGUCCGAUGUUCUUCUCGGUCAAGGAAACGGGCAAAAGCAGCCGAGAGAAGAGAAAACAAGCGGCUGAACAUUUGCACCAGAUGGAAUCGCAGAUGCAGAAAGCACAGGAACAGAUGGAAAAACAGAAGCAGGAAGAAGCCGACCGGCAGCAGCAACAGAUGAUCAAACAGGAAAUCAUCACGCCCGGGGCGACACCUCGCCGGACACCGGCCAGGAUGGGGUUGUAGGGAUGAUGGG